GUCACAUAUAACUCGCCGGGCGUUGUGAUCACGUCAGAAAAGCAGUUCGCAGGAGCUGCACAGUGUCGGAGACACGUCUUGUGGUUACCAACAGCUCUGUGGUGUACUUUAACUAUGACAGUUAUACGACUUGGAACCUUAGUUUCUACCAAUUGGCUCCGUGAGCAGUUAGCCUCAAUCCAUCACAACACCAAUGGGAUCCUGCGAAUCUUAGACACAUCCUGGUUGCCAAAACCUGGCAUUGAUAGCUACACAGAAUUCUAUCAAAAAAGUCAUAUUCCUGGAUCUAAACAUUUUGACUUGAACCAGUGCGUACAGCCAAUGCCUCUAAUACCCCGCAAUCUCCCGGACCCCAAGUGUUUUACUGACUACGUCCAGGGCCUAGGCAUCUCUAGUGAUACCCACAUCAUUGCCUAUGAUAGAUUCAACACAAGACCGUCGGUGCGGACAUGGUGGUUGUUCAGGUUGUAUGGCCACAAUAGGAUAUCGGUGCUUGACGGAGGUCUGAAGAAGUGGGUGGAGAAUGGAUAUGAAGUGACAGACGAAGAACCUGAAGUCAAGAGAGGGAAUUUUGAAACUCGUCUCAAUCCCAAUCUGCUGCGUGACUAUGAUGCGAUGGUUGACAAUGUCCAAACAAAGCGAGAACAAAUAGUUGAUGCCCGUGAUGUGCCGAGCUUCAUGGGAGAGACAGAUCUGCCUCCAGAGAUCAAGUCAGGUCACAUUCCUGGAGCAAGAUGUAUUCCAUUUGAAGAUAUCUUCAAUCCUGAUGGGACAUUCAAAUCUGAAAAAAGAUCUGAAGAAAUACAAUCUAUAUUUGACCAGGCUGGCAUUGACCUUGGCAAGCCUCUUGUAGCAUCAUGCCUGGCGGGACUAACAGCGUGUGGCCUUUCCACAGCCGCUCACAUCCUUGGGAAGGAAGUUGUACCAGUCUAUUAUGGCUCUUGGAUAGAAUGGGGACAGAGAGCUGACGCUGAUUUGUGUGUCACUGGCAAGUGAUAGCAGCCAUCUCUAGGAUCUGUACUGACAAUAUAUGCAAUAAUCAUACUAUGCGAUUUAUUUACUGACAUUUAAACGCAAUAUUCAAAUUGAUUUUCUAUGCAGAACAUGCACUGAACUGUUAGAUCACUGUGAUAAGGUCCUUGAUGUUGAUGUGCCAUGGCCUGUAUCAAGGGCUGUUUUAUGCAGUAAACACGGUUGUGUCUUGUACACCC